AUGUACACUGGGGCGCUCGGCCGAGUGAACGCGCUCGAGUUCCGCAGCCCGUCCAAGGGCGAGGUGCCUGCAGUUGCGGCCGUCAUGCCAGCGUCCAGUGACGUCUUUGAACGAGCCUUCUCGAAAGUAAAGGAGAUUGCUCUCACCUCGCCCGACUGCAGCAACUACUCGGAAGCCGAGCUCUUGGCGUGCUUCUCGCUUCCGUCGCCGACGUCCAAGGGCUGUCGACAGAGUGCAGCGAGUUGUGGCGACACCCACGAGACCGACCAUGCCGAGUCGUCCUCCAGCUCUAGCGUCAACACGCUGCUCGAUUCCUUCAGCACGCUCGACCUCGCGGCCGUUGCUGCGCGCAGUCCGCUCUCCGAGCAGCCGCGCUUGCAACUUGUUUUACACGACAUUCCCGAGGCGCUCUUGGAAGACGACGGGUCUCCGCGGGUCGACACGCCCGAAUGCACCGACGACGACGACGAAACCAACGACGUGCGUGUCCUGUCGGCCAAAGAGGCGCACCGGCUCCUUCGCGGCGGUGGCUCGUUUGCAUCGCGUGUCAAGCAGCGUGCACCGCCGUCCAUAGCCGAGAUUGAGCUCGCCAAGCAAGCGCGCGUUGUCGAGAAGAUUAAUCGCCAGAGCAUUGUUCGGCGCACAACGUUGCGGCGCACGAGCAGCCGCGUGAGCUUUGCGCUGGACAUGCCGCCACCACCCGGCGCGAUGAUGAUGACAGCGCCUCCACCGCCCCGCGCCACAGUCGUGCUCAAGAAGCCACCGGUGAUUCGAACCGCCCGUGCGUCCACCGUCGUCUCGCACACGAGCAAAGGGCCCGAUCAAACUUUGACGCUGGACGCGACCAAGCGCGUGAGCAACAUGAAGCUCGGGACGUCGCCCAAGAAGGCCAAGAUCAAGCACGAAGACUUGAUCACGACCGUGCACGAGAACAACCGGUCCCGCCGGCGACCCCGACGCCUCGGUGACGAGUUGAUCAAGCAGCAGGCGUCGCACGUGUCGCUGGACGUCGUCGACCGCAUCGGCACCCGCGCCGCGUGCCCCGUGCACUUGCUUUUGGAGCAGCCGGUUGUUGACUUUUCGUACGUGCCCGGCGUCGUCAACUCGUACAACAAGCCAGCCAAGCGCAAGAGCGUGCGCGUGAAGCGCUUGAAGCGGCCGUCGCUUUGGGUAGCGAUGCAUUGCACUGCGUAA